AGAGGCUAGCUUUUAAAGAAGCGGGGCAUCUUUGCCAUUCACCAAUCGCUAGACUAGACCUAAAUUAAAAUAUAUAAAAAAAUAUUAGCUAGCUAGGUAAAGUGCUAGCUGAAUAAUUUCCACAAAUAUUCACGAACUGGUUUGCAAGGAUUUAAACUAAAGAUGUCCAUUGGAGUGCCAAUCAAAGUCCUUCAUGAAGCUGAGGGCCACAUCGUUACCUGCGAGACCAACACCGGGGAGGUGUACCGGGGGAAACUCAUUGAAGCUGAGGACAACAUGAACUGCCAGAUGGCCAACAUCACAGUGACUCACAGAGAUGGCCGUGUAGCCCAGCUGGAGCAGGUGUACAUCCGAGGCAGCAAGAUCCGAUUCCUUAUUCUCCCAGACAUGCUGAAGAACACACCCAUGCUAAAGAGUAUGAAGAACAAGAACCAGGGAGCUGGAGCUGGGAGAGGGAAAGCUGCCAUUCUCAAAGCACAAGUGGCUGCUAGGGGGCGAGGACGUGGAGGGAUGGGAAGAGGAAAUAUUUUCCAGAAAAGGCGAUAAUUUGAAAAACUAUUUUCUACUUUCUAUAAUACCGCUUGUUUGUUAUUCUUUUUUGAUAAAUGAUGCGAAAUGCUAUUUCCAUUAAAAUGAUUUUCUUACUAUU